CACGCUUCCAACACGCACUCAACAUUUCUCUCUAUCCAUUCAUCUCUUUUGAUCUACCACUUUCAUCAUCAUCAUCAAAUCUUAUACAUUCACACACAAUUUGAAGCCCGUAAGAGAACAGUGUCAAAGAGAGAAUUAAUUAAGUUAAGCCCGUUUCGAAAGACCGCAGCUUUGGAAACUUUGUUUUGUCUUACGUUAAUAGUGGUAAACAAAGGAACCGAUCGAAGAAUUAUGAGCGCGAAGCCAGUGAGACCUCGUACACGUGUGGGAAAAUACGAGCUGGGAAAAACCAUUGGCGAGGGAAGCUUUGCUAAGGUCAAGUUCGCCAAGAACGUUGAGAAUGGUAACCAUGUUGCCAUAAAAAUCCUCGAUCGUAAUCACGUGCUUCGCCACAAGAUGGUGGAACAGCUGAAGAAAGAGAUUUCAGCGAUGAAGAUGAUCAAUCAUCCAAACGUUGUCAAAAUUUAUGAGGUGAUGGCAAGCAAAACAAAGAUUUACAUUGUCCUAGAGUUGGUUAAUGGAGGAGAAUUAUUUGACAAAAUAGCUACAAAUGGGAGACUUAAAGAGGAUGAAGCAAGAAGUUAUUUCCAACAACUAAUCAAUGCAGUUGAUUACUGCCAUAGUAGAGGCGUGUAUCACCGAGAUUUGAAGCCAGAGAAUCUUCUUCUGGACUCAAAUGGUAUUCUUAAAGUUUCAGAUUUUGGAUUGAGUACGUAUGCACAACAGGAAGAUGAACUCCUGCGAACUGCUUGUGGAACACCAAACUAUGUUGCUCCUGAGGUGCUUAAUGAUAGAGGUUAUGUUGGUUCUACAUCUGAUAUUUGGUCUUGUGGAGUCAUUCUCUUUGUACUUAUGGCUGGGUUCUUGCCCUUUGAUGAGCCAAAUCAACUAGCACUGUACAAAAAAAUUGGGAGGGCUGAAUUCACAUGUCCAUCUUGGUUUUCUCCUGAGGCAAAGAAACUAUUGAAGCGCAUUCUUGAUCCGAAUCCUUUAACUAGGAUAAAAAUUCCUGAGCUCUUAGAAGAUGAAUGGUUCAAAAAAGGAUACAAACCAGCAUCUUUUACAGAGGAAGAGGGUGUCAAUGUAGAUGAUGUUGCUGCUGCUUUCAAUGAUUCUAAGGAAAAUCUGGUGACAGAGAGAAAAGAGAAACCAGUGUCGAUGAAUGCCUUUGAGCUCAUUUCUAGGUCACAAAGCUUCAAUCUUGACAGUUUAUUCGAGAAGCAGACAGGAAUUGUAAAGCGAGAAACACAUUUUACGUCACAGCGCCCUGCGAAUGAAAUUAUGUCAAAAAUUGAGGAAACAGCCAAGCCUCUAGGCUUUAAUGUUCACAAAAGAAAUUAUAAGGUUUUUGAAGUGGCUCCCUCCUUGCACAUGGUGGAACUGCGAAAGACUGGGGGUGACACACUGGAGUUUCACAAGUUCUACAAAAACUUUUCAUCGGGUUUGCAAGACAUAGUGUGGCAUUCGGAAGGAAAAUAGUGAAGAAUUAAGGUGUAUAGCAAUGCCACUUAUUUUGGUUCGUGGAAGGCAUUAUGCUUAGCUAAAGCUGGAGCAUAUGUUAGUUGGGACUCUGGUUUAAAGUUGACAGGGAAAAAACUUUGAUUCUACAAAAUCGUUACUCAAAAUAUUUCAUGAACUUGAUUCAAUGGCUCCAAAUAACUAUGAAAAAAUGAUAGUUGCCCAAAUAAAGAUGAGAACAAUCUGUUUUUCUUAUAAUCAAAAUCAAAUCAGUAAAUAGACUCGGAAUAUAUAUUUGAAAUAACUAAAGUAAUAUAAUUUCUUAAAACUUAAAGAAAUCUUAGCCAUCUCCAAAAACUACAGGCUGGAUACGAAUAUACUUGACCUUUAGAAUUUGUCGAAUAUUAAUUAUAUGCUAGUAUAAAGUGAAAUAAGGCUCUAUUUAUACUAAGUAGUUCGUCACAGCAAUGAUUAAUUCCAUAAUUUCGGAUACGGAUAUAUGGAAAAUAUCCGCCAAAAUAAACAAAUAUCAUUUGAAAUGUAAAAAUUGAUAUUUCCCAAUGAUUCUUUUUUUCUCACUUCUCCAUUUUCAAAUAACCAAAUUAUCAAUUUAUUAUAUGAACUAAAUGUUUGGAUUCACAUUUGAGAAAACAUGAAUUCACGUUUACUGCUAUUAGCUAACUUUAAUUAGAACUGUUUUAUUUUAAACAAGGUAUUUAAAUUUGAGUUGAUAAGAAAAUAAAAAAUGAAAGUGUUAAAAAUUUAAAAUUUAUUUUGUUGCAUAUUAUGAUUUUAUCCAUCUUGAAGUAAAUUGAAAA